CACUCCAUAACUCAGCCACUGACUUCUCCUGCUCCUAGUUAAAAAGUGUUUAACAAGUUUCUAUUCCCAGUAGCUGCCAUGGCUUCCUCUCUGACCCUCAAGCUUGCAUGCGCAGUGCUUCUGUGCAUGAUCCUGAGCGCACCCGUGGCACAGGCAAUAACUUGUGGUCAGGUUUCAUCCUCCCUUGCCCAGUGCAUAAACUACAUUAAAGGCUCCGGAUCUCUGCCUUCAGGUUGCUGUGCUGGCAUCAAGUCUCUCAACUCAGCUGCCAAGACCACCGCCGACCGUCAAACUGUAUGCAACUGCUUGAAGACCCUCGCCAGUGCCGUCUCUGGUAUCAACUACAGCAUUGCUGCUGGGCUUCCUGGCAAGUGUGGAGUCAGCAUUCCUUACUCUAUCAGCCCCAACACUGACUGCUCAAAGGUGAAGUGAGAAACUGAGGAGGGAAGUUACAGCUUAAGGAUAUAUAAUAAUAGAAGGAUAAAAAUAAUAAAAUGGAUGUAGAAAAUCCAUUGGAUGAGUCUCCCUUAGGAGCCAUGUUAUCCUAUUUUGUCCUAUGUACUGAGGUCGCUUGUAGGGCGACCGUAAUCUCUAUGUAAUACAUAGCCAUCUUAUCCCAUCAUUUCACUUUCUUUUCUCUCAUAUGGUCUCGUUAACUAUCUAGUAU